AUGAGUAAACAGUACGCCGCCGAGCUUCGGCGAUUCAUGGCAUUCCCCGAAACCCCGAAACGUGUCGAAGAACUCUCAGACCCUGCCUUCAGCAGCCACAGUCUUGUAAAUGUUACGCCCGACAAUACAGCAAACCUACACAAGCUCGCUCAAACACAAAUCUACCUUGGGACGACAUCCGACUUGAAGGAAACCCAACUCAAUCUUCAGCAGUGA